AUGGACAUGCUUUCGACCAGAUCAUACCUUGAAUUAGGAGGAUUGCAACCCUCUCAACAUAGGUUGAAUCAUCAUUCACCGGGAGCCGACACACCAGAAAGUUCCCCUGCGACCGAGAAGUCCGAUAUCAAUCUUUCUCCGCCAGGCAAGUCGGCCCCGCGCUCCGCCAAAUUGUCAAAGUCCAACUCGGAGAAGACCGUGACUGUGGGUCAUCCACGCAAACGAGGUCGCCCGAGACUUGAGACGACAAAGGAUGCAGCUGCCAUCGAGGAGCGGCGACUUCAAAUCCGUCGGGCGCAACGGACAUACAGACAGAAGAAAGAGGCAACCAUCCAGGCCCUCAAAACCCGCGUAGAACAGCUCGAACAGACCCUGCAGAAUGUAUCCGAUCUGAUGGGCCCAGAGCCCGAGGUCGAGACCUCUAACAGUCUGGUCAGUCAUUUGGCGAUCGCGCGUACAAGGCAGUUGGUCCUUGCGGAGAUUGCAAGAGGACAACAUCCAUCGGAGGAAGGUGGAAAUGGCAACGACUAUGACCAUCCUCACAAUGGACAAAAUACCAACACUCCACCCGAGACCUUCGGAUAUCAUGUCUCCCCUCAUUCUAAUACAGAAGAUCACUCAAUUACGAUCCACCCCCAAGAACAAGCUUACCCCCAUCCCCGAUCGCCAUCCCCUCUUGUCAACCGCCUCUUCCCAACAACCACCAUCUACACUUAUAGCUACCAGGAAUCCACUCUAUCCCGCCGUCUCCAACGCUUCUGUCUAGAGCAUACAUAUCGAUGGCUCUCAGAUGCACGAUCAGAGCCCGACCUGAUGGCCCGAGUCUUCGGUCUCAUCCCAUGCAUCCAUGAUAUGCCGGGCAUCCGUCGUAAUUACCGACGCAUACUACGAGCUGAGAUCGGCGACCCGCUAGAAGUGGCGGACAAGCUACCCUUCUACAAGCUCGGCGGCGCAGGUACCCACUACCCACGCACCGGACCAGACGGACAGCCCAUCUACCCGGAUCGAUUGCGCCGGCCGGGGAAGAUCCUGCGGCGGAUGACGAGGAUCUUGCAGCGGGGCGGAAUCCAAGACUGGGACGAAGAUUGGAGCGGGAAUUUCGAGCCUGCAAAUGAUGGCGACGGGCGUUUGGCGAUGAGUGAUGCCGAUUAUCUGCGCGUGCUCGAUCUCGAUGGCGAGUGGUUUGAUUGUCAUGAUGUUCAAGGGUACCUGGAGGAUCGGGGGCUGACUCUUGAUGGAUCGUCGACGUUGUCGAUGGAGGUUCCGGCGUCGACGGUUGGGUUGCUUUAUGGUCUCUCGCCAGAUCUUUCUGCAUCGCAGUACUACGUUUCGCCGGUCGAGACGGGUGCGACGCAGUAUCUAAGCUCGUCUCGUUAUGUGCUCGAUGUGGAGUCUUUCUUUGACCUACUUCUCGCCAAUCUUCGCAUUCUGGGACGAGCGCCGGGAUUUCGACUGGGUGAUGUUGAUGCGGCUCUGCGGACGGCCAUUCACCGGAGGACGCCGAGCUGA